AUGAUACCCGCAGCUAUUUAUUAUUUAUUGCUGAUUGGAAUCAAUUUAUACAUAGCAUUAUUUCUCUUAAUAUUAUUGGCUCUCAUCUGCUACAAGAUUCGAAUAGAACCUGUAAAAGGUGUGUGUAAAUCCAAUGCAAGACUUGACGGGAAAAUCGCCCUAGUGACCGGAGGGAACCAGGGCAUCGGUCUGGAGACUGCAAGGGAGCUCGCAGCCAGGGGAGCUAGAGUAAUCAUCGCGUGCCGUGGUGCAGAGAAGUCCGCAGAAGCGAUACAGGACAUUAUGGCCACAACAGGGAACAAGCAAGUCGAGUAUAUGCCCCUAGAUCUGUCGAAAUUUAGCAGCAUCAGGAAGUUCGCUGCAGAUUUCAACGAUAUAUUUGACCGGCUAGACAUCUUAGUGAACAAUGCAGGCUGUGGUGGCGAUAAACCUAAGUACACUGAGGAUGGAAUCGACUUCGUGAUGCAAGUCAAUUAUUUCGGACCAUUCUUGCUCACAAAACUGCUGACAGAAAAACUCAUCGCGAGCAAACCAAGCAGGAUUGUCAUAGUGUCAUCUAUAUUGCACUUCUUCGGGAACAUACAUGUCGAUACGUUGGAUAAAAUAGUCGGGCACAGCUUGAUAGCAAUGUUUUACAACUACAACAACAGCAAGCUGUGUGGCGUAAUGUGGGCCAAGGCGUUGGCUAAGAAACUGCCGGAAGAAAUAUCAGUGAACUGUUUACAUCCCGGUUUGGUCAGAACGAAUAUAUUCAACAAACUGCCUCCUUGGUUUCGAAAAAUAUUUACUUUUCUUUGUGAUUUACUGAACUUUAAGACGCCUAAAGAAGGAGCGCAGACAGUUGUCCACCUGUGUGUCGCUGAAGAGGUGCAGAACGUGCGAGGGAAGUAUUUCUCGGAAUGCUGUGAAGUGAAACACAAGGGACUAGCUAACAAUGAAGAUCUCGUGGAAAGAGUUUGGAACAAAAGUGUAGAACUGACUAGUUAA